CCACCCUCCCCUCUCCCCUCCCACUGCAAAUGCCACAGGCCUGUCGCCCUUCGGUCCAGAUUUAGACCCGAGUCUCCCGGACUCUCUGCUCCCGCUGCCUGAAGCCGGCUUCUGCUUUACAGAAGUUCCUUUCCUCGCCGUUCUCUUCACCCACGCCCCCUUUGUUUAACCAUGCCGGGCCUUCAUCCUCUUCAUCACCUCUUCAUCUGACAUGGUGGCAGAGGCUCCCCUUCCUCCCGACUGGACCAGGGAUUCCUGCCGUUGAUGCUGACGGAGGCAGACGUGGUCGUGCUCCUCAGACGCCAUGGAGGCGUUUGCAGAGGUGCCCUUGUUCGAGCUGGAUUACGAGGAAGAGGAGGUUCUUUCAGCGCAGAGGAAGGAGGCCAGUACGUACGCAUCUCACCCUGUGGCGCCCCCUGCUGACGCAGACCCCGACACCUUCAUUUACAUGAACUUCAUGAAGAGACACUGCUGCUACGACGCCAUUCCCACCAGCUCCAAACUGGUCAUCUUUGACACCAUGCUGCAGGUGAAGAAGGCCUUCUUCGCUCUGGUGGCGAACAGCGUGAGGGCAGCACCGCUGUGGGACAGCAAGCUGCAGUGUUUUGUGGGUAUGCUGACCAUCACCGACUUCAUCAACAUUCUCCAUCGAUACUACAAGUCUCCUCUGGUUCAGAUCUACGAACUGGAAGAACAUAAAAUAGAGACGUGGAGAGAAAUCUAUUUACAGUACUCAAAUAAUAGACUGAUUAGCAUCACACCUGAGUCCAGCCUGUUUGACGCCAUCUACUCGCUGCUGAAGAACAAGAUCCACCGUCUGCCCGUCAUCGACCCGACGUCAGGAAACGUCCUCCACAUCCUCACUCACAAGCGCAUCCUCAAAUUCCUCCACAUUUUUGGGUCCAUGAUUCCCAAACCCCGGUUCCUGCAGAAAAGCAUCAGCGAGGUCCCCAUCGGUACCUUUAAGCAGAUCGCAACGGUCCAGGAGUCCGCCACGGUUUACCAAGCUCUGAGCAUCUUUGUGGAGAGAAGAGUGUCCGCUCUGCCUGUGGUUAAUGAGCAAGAUAAAGUCGUGGCGCUCUACUCCAGGUUUGAUGUGAUUAACCUGGCGGCUCAAAAGAAUUACAACAAUUUGAACAUAACGAUGCGGGAGGCCAUUGCAUGCAGGUCCUGCUGGAUGGAGGGAGUCCUCAAGUGUUACCCCCACGAAACUCUGGAGACCAUCAUCGACCGCAUCGCAAAGGCUGAGGUUCAUCGGCUGGUGCUGGUCGACAGUAACGAUGUGGUGAGAGGGAUCGUCUCUCUGUCUGAUCUUCUACAAGCCCUGGUUCUGUCUCCUGCAGGACCUUAUAUGUCCUCCUUCAAAGGUCUUAUCAGUUCAUAAAUGCAGCUUUCAAGGAUCCACACUUCACAAAAACAAACCAACCCUAAAAUCUGUCCGCCCACCAAAAACCCAAGAAAGUCCCGUCAUCAGCCUCCUCAGUUUGAAGGCAGCCCUUCACAUGAUCCCAGUCAGCAAGCGUCUCCAUGCUUCCCGUCCUCGUCCGAACCGACCAGAACCUCCCAGAUAUCUACGAAAAAAGACGUUAAGACAGAUUUUUACGCUUUGAGUGCUGAAGAAAAGGAAGCUUUCAUGUUUCUGUGCUCAAGUGGAAUCAGUCGGUUCCUACGAAACGCGUUUGAGCGGGAACGUUCCUGUCUGUCACUUCAGAUGUUGGACUUUUGAGGUUCUUCUUUUAAAACGGAGGCACCAAUCCAUCACCAAGCAACUACUGAGAAGACAUUCUUCAUUCAAAUUUUAAAAAAUGUGCGUUUAUUCAGAAAGAAAAGUUUUAUCCUGUCGUUUAGUCAAUUUGCUCAGAAAGUUGUGGGUUAAAAUUCUUUGGGGUUUUUUGUAGGAGGUGUUAUUAUUUUUAGUUUUUUUCCUACAUACAUAUAAUUUUAAGUUUAGUUCCCUCUUUUUCAGGUCAAACAUUUUUACGCCAUAGACAUAACUACUGUAUGUACAGGUAUUUGUGAAGCCUUUAUGGCUUAAUGCAUCCUCACUGUGAAAACCCUAACACUGAUGUCGAAAGACCGGUUAGAACAAAGUCUUAUUGUUUUCUGAUAUAAUAAAACAAAUCGAAAUGUUUUUCUCAAAGUUCCCAUCAAA